CCGAUCAGCUGGUCUAGUUGGCGUUAGCGCCUUUUGGAAUUGAAAGAAAUUUCUGGACUAUUGUAAUAAUUGUGAAAAUUUGUUAGAAAUUGCGUUUUUUAAUCAAAUUUUAACAUAAUUAAAGUAAGUGCUACUGAAAGCUCCAAUAAUAUGCAUGAUAUUUUGCAAUACUUAAAAAACGUGUACAAAAAUAAGCAAAUUGUAGUAGAAGUCAUUAAAAGCUUUAAAAAUGUGCAACAUUAGAAUAUUUUGCUGUGAAAUAGCUUUUUACAACAAUAAUUGAGUUAGAAAUCAUAUUUAUGUGAUUUUUAAACUUUUUGAAACUUCUAAGAUCAACACAAUUAAGGAUACUACUAGUUUUAACGUAUUCUACGCUAAGCUGAGGGUACUUCCGUCUGCCGACGGAAAUGCGGUCCAAAUACGUAUCUACAUUUUCCAAAAUUUAUAUACAUAUAUACCUUUGUUUCCGCUGUACUACACAAUGAAGCUAUUGAACGUAAAUUAUUAAACAAAAGCAACGUCCAACAAUCUAUAUAAUUAACAUUAAGGGCAUAUUGUUCCGUACAUGCGGCAUGCACAUAUUAUUCGCACUUUAUCACCUAAUUGACAUUAUGGUCGCUUUUGACGCCGAAGUGUUACUUUCGAGAAUUCUGUGCUGUGUAUCAACAAUGAAGGGUGACGAGCGCGGUAGUCGUUAUCACGCUCAUCGUCACAACCAACGUUCGCAGUCCUUAAAUCGCGGUCAAGCGCUUUCCCAGGCAGAUGUAAGCGGAAUGUGGUGACAUCGGGGUGCCUCAGGUAAAGCUGCUGGUGGUCAGGGUGGUUGUGCCAGCUGCGCCAUGGGUAACAAGUUGAGCUGCUCCUGUGCGCCAUUGAUGCGCAAAGCAUACCGUUACGAGGACUCACCAUGGCAGACAUCACGUCGACGUGACGGACAUUUAUUGAGUUCAUUCAGGUUGUGGGCUGAGGUAUUUCAUGUGUCGGCAAGCGGUGCCGGUACCGUUAAAUGGCAGCAAGUAUCUGAAGAUUUGGUUCCUGUUAAUAUAACCUGCAUUCAGGAUUCACCAGAAUGCGUAUUUCAUAUAACGGCAUACAACAGUCAGGUGGAUAAAAUAUUGGACGUACGACUUGUGCAGCCAGGCACACGCAUUGGUCAAGCAUCAGAAUGCUUUGUUUACUGGAAGGAUCCAAUGACCAAUGAUACAUGGGGUCUCAAUUUCACUUCACCCAUUGAUGCAAAACAAUUCCGAGAAUGUUGUGUAUCUUACAUUGUAAAGAAAUACUCGCCUUCUUUCAAAUUUUCACGAAAGGCCUCGUCGAGUUACUCGCUAAAAUUGGACCCGCCCGGCAAGGGAAAAAUCAAGGCCAAGCGAAAGCCGUUGAGCACACCGGCCUCACCGUCGCGCGUACGCAGCGAACCGCAAUGCACCUGUAUGUCGGCCGAACAAUAUGCACGCCUACGGACCGAUCCACGUGUACGAGGUUCAUCCACUUUGCCACGCAACGUAGGCUCUCGCAUAACCGAUGUCGAUGUUGGUGGACAACAGAAGGUGAUGGCGAAUGCCACCAGCAGCACAUCAUUGUAUGAUAAUGUAGCCGGUAGUGGCGGUGUUGGUACACAAUCUAUGAAUGCAGUUGGCGGACAGGACACUUUGGGCCGCCAAGUAAAGUCACAGGAUCCAAAUUUGGGCGCCGCUAAUGCAGGCGUUAAUACAGGCACACCCAGUGUUAUGGUAUCCGGUGUUGCUACCGGCACAAAUGAUUUAUGCUCACAGAAUCAUGUUGGCUCACAGGUGGGUCCAGACGAUGGGCUCAUUGGACAACAAGAUAUGGAUGUUUCAAAGAAUGAAGGCACACAAGUUGGUGGCCCAUUACAUCAGAAUGUUGGCACAUCCACCAAAUCUACUGGCACACGCACUAAAGAUUACGUCGAUGAAAUGACACGUGAUGCACGCGCACAUGACAUGCACCAGCACCAGCACAACAUAAUCAACAACAACACUAGACGCAAAACCAAGAGCACCGAGGAUAUGAAUGUCGACACGAGCACCCUGAAACGUAUGCUCAAGCCAAUGCCCAGCACUGAGAGUCCCGUUACAUCGCCGGAGAUGGGACGGCGCCGUUAUAAUUACUAUAAUGCCAAUGUGGCCAACACACUGGGGCCACAACAUAUGCAUCAACAUGGUGGCGGUGGCGGCGGCGGUAUGGGUCUUGGUAUGGGUAUGAUGCCUGGUGGACCUGGCGGUGGUGGUAUGCAUCACAUAAUGAAUAACAACAAUACUAUGGGACGCGUGAGCAGUCAGUCGUCGAGAUUCUCGGGAUCGAGAUCAUCACAUGAAAUUGGACGCGGUUAUCCGCAACGUAAUCUCUAUUUGGAAUUGGAACGCGAACGCAGCUGCAUUGAGGGUUCACCACCCUCCGACAACGUCAUGUUCGACAAUCAAUGCUACGCCACUACGCCCAGUUCAAGUAACGGCAAUUCCGAUCAGGAUCAAUCGUAUGGACAGCGCAACGCUGGCGGCGGCGGCGGAGGUGGUGGCGGCGGCGGUGGGCGCCAUCAACAUCAUCACGGCGCGCCAAAUGUCACACCCACACCGGGCAGCCCCACAUCACGUCUACUGCUCGAAUAUGAAAUGCAUUUGCGCAACACUUUGGCCAAAGGCAUGGACGCCGAAUCGUACAGUUUGCACACAUUUGAAGCUUUGCUCUCACAAAGCAUGGAGAAUUUGGAACUCGCCGAAAGCCUGCCUGGAUCAACACAGCGCAGUCCAUAUCCAAUGCGUAGGCCCAGCGCCAAGUCUUCGACAUUACCAUUGCCACCGCAUCGCCCUUUGUCCACGCUGCGCGACAAAGAACGCGAUCGUGAACGUGACGGUUACUAUAGCGAUCGCAAUGAGUUAAUACGCGAAAGAGAACGCGAACGAGAGCGUGAUCGUGGCUAUCUCUCUGAUCACAAUACGAGCUUUUCAACAUCACGUUGCGCCUCGUGCAUUGGCGAAUCGGCACGCGCUCAAUGGUUUCGUCACUCGGAUGGUUGGCGUUCGGGCAGCUCCACUAUUGGUUCGGGCUCUGGUCAGGGCUUAAUGUCACAACAGACUACCGGUUCGGGUCACAAACGUUCACCAUGGGACUCGUUACCCUCAUUGCGUCAAGAUAGUAGUCUCAAUGAUUCUGGUUAUAAAAGUGCACGCGCUGAUUCGCUUGAGCAACGCGCUGAAUUCAUACGUCAAGACAGUUUGCGUUCAGAUUAUUUGAGUGAUCGUGAUUCACGUUAUGGCAUUGUACAACAGGCUUCUAUCGACAGCACCGAUUCGCGUAUGUGCUAUUUGACAUCAUCUGAGGUAUGUAAAAUAAUUGCAUUACAGAAACCAUACAAUUACUUUCGAUACGGUAUGUACAUUCUUAUAAUAAAUCAUUGAAGACUGGUGCUUUAUAAAAUUUUUAGAAAUUUUAAACUUUCGAGCUUCGAAUAUUUCGAAAUUAGAUCCCAGAUCAUUAUUUUUAAAAAUUUUGAACAAAUUUGGAGUUAAAAUUUCGAUAUUAAAAAUAACUUAAGGAUUUGGGUGUUUCUCAUUACCAUCUCUCCAGCCAUAACACUUAACUGUAAUUUAGUACCUAAGGACAUAUAAACUAUAUUGUAGUAAGUAUGGGCUGUAUGCUCUGUUGCAGCAAGCUUUAUAUUUAAUUAGAAUUCUGUGUCACCCUAGAUAGCACGAUUUUGGCGUACAGUCAGAAAAGUAUAAUAAUGAUAUCGUGAAUAUCUCAUAUGAAGACUUGAUGUGUGUGUCAGAUUUUUUUUCUCAGG